AUGGACGCACUAAAGCUGUCGGAUUUUAUUGGAAGCACCUUAAUAGUCUCUCUUGCGGAAGACCGUAUUUUAAUUGGAAGCUUAGUUGCUGUAGACGCCCAAAUGAAUUUGCUACUGGAUCAUGUUGAGGAGCGUAUUGGCUCCGGAAGCCGUAUGAUGGGCUUGGUCAGCGUUCCUAGGCGUUCAGUACAAUCUAUAAAAAUCACCAAACCUAUGUUGCGUGACCUCGCCGCGAACAAAUUUGAAUUGAUGGGUAAUAUUGUUUAG